UAAUGAAAUUAUGCGUUUUCAUUUAGUCAUUCAUCCAAACGACUUAAAAUGAGGACAACAGACGCAAUCAAAACCAACAAAAGGCCAAUGAUAAGUGCUGUGCGUGUUUUAAUUAUACUUUCCCUAAAGGGAAAGGGUUAAACCUUUCUGUCAAAUUCAUUUUUAAGAGACUCUUAAAUCUCAUUUGAAUGUGUAAACCUAUGCAUUUUAAGUUGUCCAUCAAAACAAAUGUCUCUUAGCUCAUCUUACACACGGCCAACAGUAAAGUGCACUUUACAGGGCAGACACCGUUCGAGCGACUGCUGUGUCCUCAGCGUGAAGUGAAACUAACAGGACUACAGAGUCUCUGCGCUAUGGAGGUGUCUGUUUCUUUACAAAUCUUCAUCUCCUCACACUCAACAAACACCAAUCACUGAGGAUGAACACAGCCGAUAGAUACAUGUCAUACGGGCUACGCUGGAUUUCGUGGCAUCAUCUGAAGCGUGUACCAAACAAAGGUUCUGUCUGAAGAUAGAAGAGGACUUUUCCAGAGGCUCCUGAAACACAAAACCCACACCUGCUCUCCGAUAGGUCUUAAUAAGGCUUUUCCCUGUAUGUCCUUCACUGUUCAGGUCAGGGGUCUUUCCAGGUUGUUCCUCAGGUCCUUCAUCUAUUUCCACACCACCUAGAACUACUGAAAUAACAUGCUGGCCUUUUAAACCAAACAAACAUGUGUUAAUGUUAAUACACAAUUUGCCAAUUUAGAGGUUCUGGAGGGCAUUUCAUUUUUAUUGCUUCAUCGUGUGAUUUGUGUCCGUAUGUUUAGGGCUGUAGCUGGUGUUUGGAGGACCAGCUGAGGAGCGAGUGUUUCUGUAGACUGAAGGGACGUUGGACUGAAUCUGGUCCAGAGCGGUGGAGGAGAUUGAUGAACACAUAAAACUAAGCUAGAAAAUAAAAAAUAAAAUAGAUACUGCACCGUGCACUGAAUUAUGAUAUUGUGAACCAUGUAGGCGACUAAUGGAGUGCUUUUCAACAGAUGUCUUGUUUUCAGAGCUGCUGGGCAACAACAAACGCUGCUUGACUUCUUCAAGUGGCCUGAGGGGGGCAGCAGUCUGCUUUAACUCUCACGAGAGCAAGACGAACAAGACGUUUGGGCCUCGUCUCAAACGGAAGGCUGCAUCCUCCGUAGGACGCGUUUGUAGGCUGCUUACGUCAUCAAGCCUGAGCAUUACAUUCGCGAGUCAGAAGCGUAAUACAGCCAUUUACACUUAAUUAAGAAUAAUAAUCAAAUUUAUAACUGUUAAUAUUCUAAAAUAAGAUAUUUAAUGACGUUUGCAGCCCACACGCGACCCCCGCAGGAUGCGAGCCUUCCGUUUGAGAGACGGCCGUGUUGCGUAAACGCGUUUGCGUUCUCACGCGGUGUUUUCCUGUCGGGCUUCCGUAGACCGAAGGCGCGCGCGUGAAUCUGUUCAGUAGCUGCGCUCUUUACCGGCGUGUUUUCGUGAAGUUUCUCUCUCUCUCUGUGUAGGAUGUGUUCCCUCGGGGUGUUCCCGGCUCCGGUAACGGCUGCACAGACGCUGUUCGAGCGCAACAACGAGCUCCUGUCCGCGCUUUACCCCGGAGAACACGCUCAGCCGUGUGAUCUGCCCAGUCCUCAGUUCACCAGAGACACUCUGAAGGGUCACAGUCGUCCAGAGAGCAGCAGUAAAUCAGCCUUCCUGGACCAGAGAGACACGCUGUGGAUGAGGAGCGCUGGAGCCUGGCGUGACGCCGGUCUGUCCGGUCUGCUGGAUGAGAUCACUAACAGCGCAGAGGAAGUGCCCAGGUUCCUGGCCGUGGGCUCCGCCUGUGUCCUGGCUCUCCUCAGAUGGGCUUCUUCCUUCCACGGCUCUCUGUUUCCUCACCUGACCCUGAGCAGCGACGAGAUGGUGGCCGAGUUCUCACAGAUGCUGGAUUGGUCCGACAGCGCUCUGAGGAGCUUCGCCUGGCAUCCUCACACUGAUAAGUUUGCUGUAGCUCUGCUGGACGACUCCAUCAAGAUUUACAAAUCUAACAGUUCUCCGAGCCCGACGCUGAAGCACCGCUGUCAGAGGUCCGUGAGCGCCCUUCAGUGGAAGCCUCUGUGUGGCUCGGCUCUGGCCGUGGCCUGUCAGUCCUGUCUGCUCGUGUGGCACGUGGACCCCACCUCUCUGUCCACCAGGCCGUCGUCCGGGUGCGCGCAGGUCUUGUCUCAUCCGGGUCAUUCUCCCAUCACGUCCAUCGCUUGGUCUCCCACCGGCUCCCUGCUCGUGUCUGCGUCUCCUGUCGACACAUCCAUGAUGGUGUGGGACGUGGCUGCAGAGAGCGGUGUGCCGCUGCAGCGGGUGGGUGGAGGAGGCGUCACGUAUCUUUCAUGGUCUCCAGACGGCAGUCGACUGCUGGCAGCUACUCCAUCCGCUCUGUUCAGGGUUUGGGAGACACGCAUGUGGACGUGUGAGAGAUGGCCAUGUCUGAAAGGAAGUUGUCAGUCGGCCUGCUGGAGUCCUGAUGGGGGCUGUCUGCUCUUGAGUAUGCAGGGAGAGAGGGUCAUAUACGCACUCACCUUCUCUGAUCUCACAGGAGGCUCUAAGGCUGCCAGCGUCGUGGCCGAUCUCUCCGAGACCACCUUCCCUGGACCUGAUGGAGACCUCACUGUCGGAGGAGAAGUGUGCUCUCUGUCAUGGGAUCCGCGAGGAGAACGACUAGCUGUGCUUCUGAAAGGUGACGCUCAGGCAGGAAACCACCCGUCAGUCAUAGCGGUCUUCAAAACACGCUCCAGUCCCGUGUUUGAGCUGCUGCCGUGUGGGUUUGUGAUGGGAGAGGCCGGAGCAGAGCCUAGAUUCAUGCAGUUCCACCCUCACUUCCAGCACGGAGCUCUUCUUACUGUGUGCUGGUCUGAUGGACGCAUCUCUCACGUGCCGUUUUACUUCAGCGGCGCUGGGCUUUCAGGAGACUCUCCCCAGCAAGUCCUCUCCAGCAGCACGACGGAUCAGGCCUCAAACAAACUGUACACAGAGCAGAUUUCCUGAACUUCUCCAUCAGUAUCCGCUUCCAAUAUAAUGUCAUUAACAGUAUAAUGUGUGACUUGUGUAUAUGUGAAGAUAAACAAAUAUAAGUCUUUGUAUUA